UUCAUUUUAUGAACACUUGGACAGUCCCAAAAAUCUAAACUCAAAAUGUUCAAUUCAUCGGUAUUUGUGUGUUGUUUGUGCUUCUGUGCUUUAACUCCAUAUUUAGCUUCUGCCAUGACAGCUGAACAGAAAGCCCUAAUUCAUGAGCACUUUGAGACGAUUGGUAAGUCUUGUAACAAAGACAGCAACAUGAUAACAGCUGACGAUAUCGCCAAUCUCCGAGCUAAGAAGAUCCCGACUGGUCCCAACGCUCCUUGCUUCCUGGCCUGCAUGAUGAAGCAAAUUGGUGUUAUGGAUGACAAUGGCAUGGUGCAGAAGGAAACAGCACUCGAAAUGGCUAAAGCGGUAUUCGACGAUCCAGAAGAACUGAAGGCAAUCGAAGAUUAUCUGCAUUCCUGCUCACACAUUAACACUGAAUCGGUCAGUGAUGGUGCUGCUGGUUGUGAGCGCGCUAUGCUGGCGUAUAAAUGCAUGACAGAGAACGCUUCUAAGUUUGGCUUUGACAUCUAACUGAGCAUCAUUUUAGAUAACUGACGCCCUCUACGAACAUACGAGAUGAUUUGAAGAAUUAAGAUUAACCCCUAAAACUAUGUUAUGUUAAUUUAAGUUACAUUUGGAAUGGAUUAAAUUGUUGUUUAAAUAAGUACUUCAUUUGCUUUC